AUGCCUCUUCCUACUACUAUCAUCUUCGGCCCCACAGGCCACGUCGGUUCUGCCGCUGCCUACACCGCUCAACAACUUGGCACAAAGGUGGUUCUCGCCAUGCGUGAUCCUCAAAAACCCAUCAAAGGCCUCAGUCCCGACCAAGAGAAGGAGGGAGACUUCGAACGGGUCCAGGCCGACCUCAUCAAGCCGGAAACCAUCGGACCUGCUGUGCGUACGACUGGAGCUAAGCAUGCCUUCAUAUAUCUCGCGCACGGCACGACGGACCACAUGAGAAGUACCAUUGAGGCACUAAAGGCAGGGGGUAUUGAGUUUGUCGUCUUCCUGAGCAGCAUUAGUGUCGAAGGCGACAUUAGGGAGAUCCCAUCCACACUCGCCAUACCAUAUGCUCAUGCACGGGUUGAGGUCAACCUUGACGAGGUCUUUGGCACCGAUGGCUAUAUCGCAAUUCGACCGGCAUACUUUAACACCAACGCGGGCUGGUGGGCGGGUAUGAUCCGUGAAGGGGAGGUUAAGAUUGCGUAUCCGGACGCUAAGUUUGACUGGAUCUCGCCCGAAGAUAUUGGCAAGGUAGCUGGAACGCUGCUUGUCCAAGGGAUACAUGCCACGGAUGGCGCUGAACAGCGUAACUCUAUCCCCCUCUGUGGACCGAAGCUUGUAUCUCAGAGAGACGCCGUGGGUAUAUUUGGCAGGGCGGUUGGUAGAGACGUCAAGGUCACCGAGCUGGAUGAGAAGGACGGGGUGGAAAACAUGUUGAAGAAUGGUGUGCCGGAGUUUGCGGUGGGGCCGCUAAUAGAGUCGAUGAGAGCGUGGUACAAAGACGAGGGUCUUGGCCCGUUUGAAGGAGAGGCAUACGAGAAGGCAGCUGCCAACCUUCGGAAGUACGCUGGUCUGGUCACCAGCUUGGAGGGGUGGGCCGAGGCAAAUAAGGAAAUAUUUAGUAUUUGA